UAUUGGUUAUUUGAGCCAAUUCCUAUUUCAAUUACUAGUUUAUUACCUGUUGUGUUAUUUCCUUUAUUGGGAGUCACAUCUGGUAAGAUAAUUGCUGAGGCAUACUUUUCGGAUUUAUCAUUUUUAUUUAUUGGAUCAUUUAUGGUGACAAUUUCAUUGGAGAAGUGGAAUUUACAUAGAAGAUUUUCCCUUGCAAUUUUGAGUUUUAUUGGAAUGAGAAGUCAUUUGAUUUUACUUGGAUUCAUGUUAAUUUCUGGAUUUUUGAGUAUGUGGCUCUCAAAUACAUGUACUACUGCCAUGUUAUUACCAAUGGCAAGGUAUGCAAGAAAUGAAGAAAAUCCAAAUCUCGAAGAACGAGAAAAGGAAUCAAAAAAGAUCAAGAGACUUGCCAAAUCUCUUUUCCUCUGCAUUGCUUAUGCUUCAUCAAUUAUGGGAUGUUCAACUCUGAUUGGUACUCCAACCAAUUUGAUUUUGGUUCACGUUUUGAAUGAUAAAUUCCCACUUUUACAAACAUCUGAAGAAUCUCCAGUUACUUUCCUUACUUGGUUCCUUUAUGCAUUCCCAGUUUCAAUUAUUUUCCUAAUUUUGGCCUAUGUUUACUUUUCCAUUGUAUUUGUGAGACCAAUUAAAAUAUAUCAGAAGAGUGAUUUGGAAAAUUCAAACAUGUUUAGGGAGGAAUACAAAAAGUUAGGAAGAAUCAAAUUUGAGGAAGUAGUAUUAUGUAUUGUGUUUGUGAUUUUGUGUUUGUUGUGGAUUUUUAGAGAUUUACAAUUUGGAACACAUCAUGUUGGUUGGAAUAACUUGAUUUAUUUGAUUAGUGGAAGAGAUGAGAAGGAAAAAUCAGCACUGAUGAAGUAUCCAUCAGAUGGUACAGUUGCGGUUUUGAUUGGUAUUUUGCUCUUCUUUAUUCCAUCUUUUAAUAAGCCUUCAAUGAACUCUGAAGUGGAUGAUAAAAAGAAGAAGGAAAAUCAAUUAACUACUGGAAGAAUUUUGGAUUGGAAAUUAAUGAAGAAUGAAAUGCCAUGGGAUAUUAUCUUACUAUUGGGUUGUGGUUUUGCAUUGGCAGCAGCUUACAAUCAAUGUAAAUUCUCAGAUUUUAUUGUUGACCUAGUAGUAGUCAAGUUUGAUUUGGCCAGUAAGAUUCACCCUUAUUUAAUGGUAUUUUUGAUUUGUUUUGUUGUGAAUAUUUUGACAGAAUUUUCUAGCAAUGUAGGAACAGCUUCAAUUUUGAUGCCUCUUCUUGCCACAAUGUCAGUAAGAAUUGGUGAGAAUCCACUUUUAUAUAUGGCUCCAGCCACCAUUGCCUCUUCAUUGGCUUUUAUGACACCAAUUGGAACAUUGGCCAACUCUUUAGCUUUUGGGUAUGGACAUUUCACUUUCAUUGAUAUGGUAAUAUCGGGUGCUGUUUUGUCAAUUAUUGGCGUUUGUGCAUGUACUUUGGGAAUGAUGGGAUUAGGAAGUCCAGCCAUGGGCGUAGAACUUGGUGUUCUUCCAAGUUGGGCCAAUACAACUAGAAUUGCUUAA